AUGCAUCAUCGAUUAUUCGCGAGAAGGGGAAGCAUACACUGUCACAAAAAAAUUUCACUUUCAAACGCAUCUCAAUGCUACUAAAUGAAGGUCUCUUUGAGAGAACGGUACUUCAACUUCAAUCGUAUUAUGUUGCUGAGUAUUGGUUUAUGGCCGUAUCAGCAAUCAACACUUACUCAACUUCAGCUGGUAGUGCUUCUCAGUAUUCUGAUAAGCUUCAUCAUAUUCCAGUUCUCGAGACUUAUAUUUGUAGAUUAUACUUAUGGCUUUGUCCUUAGAAUGCUUUCUAUCUCGUCCCUAUUCGUUUUGUAUGUUACUAAGUAUAUAUCAUUUUGGAUUAAUAUCGAUGCUAUAAAAUGUACCUUGGAGCGAUUGCAAGAUGUUUACAAUGAGCUAACAGAUAAGAAUGAAAUUGCUAUUUAUGAAGAAUACGGGAAGCUUGCAAAACAAUAUACAAUCAAGUUUAUAUUAGUUCAAGCGUCCAUUUUGAGUUUUGCUUUCGUAAUGGAAAGUUGGCCAUUCAUAUUUGACAUUGUUAUACCUAAAAACGACACCUACACACGUCAUCUGAUAAAUAGUUUAACAAGCUACUAUCUUAUACAAGAAAAGUAUUUUUUUUUUGUCCUUCUGCAUAUAAACGCAGCUCAUGCUGUGGGAUCAUUCGUCUUAGUAGGGGUAGGAGCACUAUUUGUAUCGUAUGGCAAAUGUAUCAGUGGAAUGUUCAAAAUUGCAUGCUUCCGUCUUGAACGAGCAAUGGCGGCCGAUACGUUGCAAAAUAUUUAUUUGAAGAAUCAUUUCGUGACUAACAAAUACAUAAUCGGUGCUGUACAAAUUCAUCGUAAGGCAAUGGAGUUCGCCGACUAUCUUAUAUACUGCUUUGAAAAAUCACUUCUCUUUAUCGCAGGGACUACUGUAUUUUGCGUGAGUCUCAAUCUUUAUCGAAUGUCUCAGAUUGAAAAACCUUUGGAAGAAAUAGAAGAAACUUUGACACACUUUUUUAUAAUGUUUUUCGUUCUUGUUUACCUGUUCAUAGGUAACUACAUUGGGCAAGAAGUUAUAGAUAACAAUGAUGAACUUUUUAUUACCGUAUAUAACAUUCCGUGGUAUCAAGCACCUUUGCAUAUACAGAAGCUAAUAUUAAUUUUAUUACAAAGGAAUUGCAAACCUUUUGCUUUGAAUUUCCAUGGAAUUUUUGUAGCAUCUUUAGAGUGCUUUGCUAUGCUAGUAAGUGCAUCGGUAUCUUAUUUCACCAUCAUGAUAUCUUUGCAGUAAGACGCGCGAAAAACUAAUAUAUUCAAUAGUAUCACAUAUUAGAAUAGAGUAGGUAAUUACAGAAGAAAGGAUUAUAUUGGAAUAUUUUCGUCAAAGUAAGCGCCAAAGGCUAAGUAAGAAGUUAAGGAUAUGUUAUAUCCUUAUGAUAUAUGUUACAUCUUUCUCCUCAAACCGCAACGUUAUCCACAAAGUUAACAAAGAAAAAGUAUUAAUUGAUAUAUAUGUAGAAUUGGUUACGUUGAUAAAAUCGGACUAAAAGUCUUACAUUUAAAUGUAUAGAAUUCAAUAUUAUAAUGAAAUGUGCAAGAAUAAGUAAAAGAAAAACAAUAUUAAUUUCUGUCAGUCAUAUUAUUUAAAUUUAUGUGACAACUUUAGUAUUAUCAAUAAUAAAAAUCUCUUUACUCUUGUGGUAUGUUAGGUGAAAUAUCAGUGAUUGCUAAAUGGAAUAGUAAUUUAUGUCAUAAAUACAUGUUCCUUGACAAAAAUAAUGUUAAACCAAUAAAGAAGUAUAUCUUAUUAGAAAAUA